AAGUGGGAAUGAGAGCCAAGAUUCCUUUGAACUCCUCAUGGCGGUGCUUGUCCUCUAAUGCCUCACAGUCGCACAUGACCGCGGGCAUUCGUUGCGUUUUUAGUCAUAGUUUCCUUACUCCUUAUACUAACCGUUUGUUAUUUUUACCCGCCGCCACUUCCCAUCGUCGGAACCAUCCUCGUCCACUUCCUUUCGCCACUCUUCUCCACGCGCUCGCAUCGUAGAUGCCUAGCGUGUCGGCCCGCUGUUCUUCCUUUCUCCUUCCGUCCACGCCAAGUCACAGUUCUCCUCUUUUUGGGUCUAUCUUUUGAUCUUUUAAGAAGUUGAGCUCAUCGAAGCAAGAAAGCGAACACAGCAAAGGGAGGGAGAAGGCGAAGAAAAAGCGAGGAGGUCAAGCAAAGGGUACGACCAUGGAGGCGUGCUGCUCCUCGUCCAUCUUGACCGUUCGUCCGAUUGAUGUUCUUCGCCUCGCCCCUCACCGUCGCGCUAGCCUCCGUCCCACCCAACCGGCGGCGUCGUCGUAUCGGGCGUCCCGAGCAUCCCUAUCUAGUUUCCGUCCUGGCUUCCUCCAUCCCAACUCCAAUCCCUUAUUCGCCCGUCGAGCAAACCCUACCAGCAGCUCCCGCCGGAGGUGGAAGCAGACAAUAUCCGCUGUGUUCGAGAGAUUCACUGAAAGAGCGAUUAAGGCUGUGGUGUUUUCCCAGCGGGAGGCAAAGGCCCUUGGAAAGGACAUGGUCUUUCCACAGCAUCUACUUCUCGGCUUGAUUGCUGAGGAUCGGUCUCUGGACGGGUUUCUUGGAUCGGGGAUUACUGUUGGACCGGCACGUGAUGCCGUGCGGGCAAUUUGGAACGAUGGGGCUGCGGCUGAUGAGGAUGGGGCGGAGUCAUUGGCGUCGAACAUGCCCUUCUCCAUCAGCAGCAAGCGAGUUUUUGAGGCUGCCGUUGAGUUCUCCAGGUCAACGGGAUGUAAUUUUAUUGCUCCCGAACAUAUUGCCGUCGGGUUAUUUACAUCUGAUGAUGGCAGCUCCGGGCUCGUCCUGAAAAGAUUGGGAGCUGAUGCCAAUAACUUAACAUCAGCAGCACUUUUGAGACUUCAAGGAGAACUCGCUAAAGAUGGCAGAGAAACAUCAAAAGUCUCUUCAAAGAUGCGGCAAAAAUUGCCCAGUGGUAAAGCUGCACGAGCGAAGCCUCCAGAGAAAUCAAAAGAUAAGAGUAUCUUGGCUCAGUUCUGUGUUGAUUUAACUGCUUGGGCUAGUGAAGGGCAUAUAGAUCCUGUAAUUGGUAGAGAUAUUGAGAUUCAAAGAGUUGUUCAAAUCCUUUGCCGAAGAACCAAAAACAACCCUAUUCUUCUGGGUGAUCCUGGAGUUGGCAAAACAGCAAUUGCUGAAGGCUUAGCACUACGAAUAUCAUGUGGUGGCAUUCCAAUUUUUCUUUCUGGAAAGCGCAUAAUGUCACUGGACAUAGGCUUGUUGAUGGCUGGGGCAAAGGAGAGAGGAGAAUUGGAAGCACGUGUUACAGGUUUAAUUGCUGAGGUGCAGAAAGCAGGCGAUGUGAUACUCUUCAUUGAUGAAGUUCAUACACUAGUAGGAUCUGGCACAGUUGGGAGGGGGAACAAGGGAUCUGGUCUUGAUAUUUCAAAUUUGUUGAAGCCUGCCCUUGGACGAGGUGAAUUGCAGGUAUUUUCUCUUGAUCAAUUCGUUGUUGUGAAGAUUUGGAUUGAAGCCACUAGUGGGAGAUUAGAGAUUCAUGCAUUGGAUCCCGAGAAGUUUCCCCACAAUCCUCCCUCCCUUGCUCUUGCCGCCGCCCCUUCCCUGGAUUGUCUAGGCCGCCGGCCUGCAGCCCCAAUCCGCCGGCCAGCAGCCACCGGCCAGCCCAACCCGCCGCUAAUAUAUGCCAUGUUUUUACAGUAUAUAAUUGUAUUAAUUGUGCAGGAGUCGGCUAUGUUGCGGCUGGAUAUGAGUGAAUAUAUGGAACGGUUUACAGUGAGCAAGCUAAUAGGAUCUCCUCCAGGAUAUGUGGGCUACGGAGAGGGCGGUACUUUGACAGAAGCAGUCAGGAGAAGACCUUUUACAGUAAUUUUACUUGAUGAAAUAGAGAAGGCUCACCCUGAUAUAUUUAACAUACUCCUCCAAAUUUUUGAAGAUGGCCACCUAACAGAUUCACAGGGGCGGAGGGUGUCAUUCAAAAAUACUUUGAUAGUCAUGACUUCCAAUGUGGGUUCCACAUCAAUAUCCAAGGGUAGGAGAAGCAUAGGUUUUAUGCUUGCGGAUGAUUCAGCUUCCAAUUCUUAUUCUGCGAUGAAAUCUCUUGUUAUGGAGGAGUUGAAGGCAUACUUUCGACCUGAGCUGUUAAACAGGAUAGAUGAGGUGGUCGUCUUCCGCCCUCUCGAGAAGGAGCAGAUGAUGGAGAUUCUCAAUAUAAUGUUGAUAGAAGUGAAGCGCAGGCUGCUGUCCCUUGGGAUGGGUCUAGAAGUUUCUGAUUCAGUUAAAGAUCUGGUCUGCCAACAAGGAUAUGACAAGAGCUACGGCGCCCGGCCAUUAAGGAGGGCGGUUACGCAAAUCAUCGAAGAUGUCAUCAGCGAAGCGAUUCUUGCCGGAGAUUAUAAGCCCGGCGACACCGUUGUGAUCGACGUGGGUGCCUCCGGUAAUCCCUUUGUGACCUGCUUAGCUGAUCAAACCAUCAAGCUUUCUUCAGAUACCACAUCAAUGCUGUAGGCUUGUACAAAAUGUAUUCUUGCCCCUCUGUGGAGCUGGAGCUUGAUGGCUUAUUUAUGUUAGAGAUUCAUUGGUUAUUAUUAUUAUUAUUUGUACAUAAGGCUAAAUAGAGAGAAUUCUUUAUUAGGUCAUGCUCAAGCAUGUAUAGAACUCAUAUUCAUAUUCUAUAUAUAAGAUAUAUUCUGUUUUUCUGUACUG